ACUCAUGACGCUCUGAUCUUCUCCUACAGGUGGAGCAGAACUCAGGAUGCUGCUGGUGGGGAAAACAGGAGCUGGGAAGAGUGCAUCAGGAAACACCAUCUUAGGGAGGAAAGUCUUUAAAUCUGCACAAUCUUUUUUCUCAGUAACAUCACUCUGUCAGAAAGAAACAGGUCUGUUUGCAGGUCAGACCCUGACUGUGGUUGAUACUCCAGGUCUGUUUGACUACUGUAGAAGUCAAGGAGAGGUGAAGACAGAGAUCGCUAAAUUUGUCUCCUUGGCUGCUCCUGGUCCUCAUGUGAUCCUGGUUGUGAUCCAGCCUGGCAGAUUCACUGAAGAAGAAAAAGAAACACUGAGAAUCAUUCAGGAGAUGUUUGGAGAAGAAGUAGCAGGUUACACCAUGGUCCUGUUCACCCGUGGAGACGACCUAGAGGAAGAUGGAGUCACCAUAGAGAACAUUAUCACACGGAAUCCAGCUCUCCGUGACUUCAUCUGUCAGUGUGGAGGAUAUCAUGUUUUUAACAACAGAAAUAAAGAUCCUGCUCAGGUCAGAGAGCUGCUGAAGAAGAUCAACACCAUGGUUCAGAGAAACGGAGGAAGAUGCUACAGCACUGAGAUGUUCAGAGAGGCUGAGAGGAGACGACUUCUGAGAGAAAAACUUGAGAUGUUAGACUUGAGAAGACGAGACUUCAGAGAGAAAAUCAGCCGCAGUCGUGUGUUCUUCACUGAUCUUCAUCAUUAAUUAUUAUUAAUCAUCGUCAUGAAGACAAAGAAGGAAAAUGUUCAUUUAACCUGAUUAAAAACUGACAGUCUGAUUAUUGAUCAUGUGAUUAUUAUUAUCAAACAGCUGUUUGAUCCUGUGAUCAGUCUGAUUGGUGAUGUCAUUGAUCAGCUCCUGAUUGGAUCCUGUUUGUUUGAUUAUAUAUAUCAUUAGUGUUGAUGUAAACUUCCUGUCAGCAGUUUAAACCAUGUUUAGUUCAACUGUCAUGUGACUGUGACGUCAGAGGGGAUGAACUGACAGCAGUGAGCAGAGCGCCCCCUGUUGACCUGCACACAGUUCAUGACCAAUGGGAUUAGGGCUGGGUCAUAUCAUACCGUUCACGGUAAUACCGGUGUAAUGUUGGGCAACGAUAAGAAAAUGAAAUAUGGCGAUAGAAUAUGGGUAAAACGCGCACGCCAGUGCCUUUGUUUUCAUAC